AUGUGGAGUUUGAGUCGAGAUAGUAGCGCGAAUGGCGCUGAAGGUCGAGCGUCUGUGUUGGACACGUUAUUACUGCGUUCUGCGACGGAUGAUGUUGACGUGUCUUCCAAGGGUUAUUGCACUUCCGUUGAGACAGAUUCUGCUACGCCAUACUUGAGUUCAGAUGCGUCGUCGAAUCGCGUCACGGGUUCUCAUGUCACGACGACUCUUUCCCCCACGAACUCUAGGGAGCCCAGGACCCCUACUACGCGGUCGGAGCAGCUAGCGAUUCUUCUUGCACGAAACUACGCGUCUGCGCCCGCAUGCUCGCUAGAGUUCGUGAACCUCACCUCCAGCCUUCGGGACUCGCGAGAAACUCAGCGCGAUUCCGAUAUUACGCUGCUAGACAACUGUUCGUGCCCGUAUGCGCGUCAAAACUCAACAACGCAAUCCCCCCUGAACGAGGAUCCGUCUCCGAGUAGUCAGGACCAGUGGAUUAACGCUUCCGGCGAUGAAGAGCCGACUGAAAACACCGAUGACAUGCCAUUGGAUUCGGCACUGGUGGAUGAGAAUGGCUGCGAGGAUACGCAAUCUGUUGAGCGGGAGUCGUCGAGAGCCUGCGCUUUGAUGAAUAUGCACGAGGCAACUCAGGCGGUGGAGAACGGCGUAGAAGACGGCAUCGAAACCACAUGUUAUCCUUUGGGUCCUCUUGUGCGCCGAAAUUGCGUAGAUGUCGGCACGAGCCCCAUGCCACCUUCGCCAGGUGAACCCGAGCCGUCGCCUCCGACAUCUCAUGCCGUCGAAGCUGGAACUAGCCCUAUAGAAUCGGUGAAGAAAUCAAUUCCUGUAUACAGCCGCAGCCUGCUCUAUCGGAUUAGGGUGCCCCUUGCCCAGAGACUCCGCAAUUCAUGCUCCACCUUGGGUGGAAGCUUACCAAGCCCCCGCCGGUCUAGCGUUCAGCGCACUAACAUGAGUUGCGAGCGUAGAAGCGUCUCAUUGCGCCUAAGCAUUCAGGAAACUGCGACUGUGGACAUCGAAAAUGAGAGAUCGGCCUCUACGGUGUCGUUUUCUGCCACAUCCUCUGAUUUGGGGUCCACCAUAAAUUCAGACAACGCGUCGUCGGAAGGCGGCACUUUUGUGAAGCGCGUUCGCUGCUUACAGCACAGGCGCGAGGGAAAGCGACGACGGGCAUCUCGCACGUCACCAAAUCGUGGGAUAUUGGUGUCUGGAGAGCUAUGGCCCAAUGGCACCAUGAAAUACAUUGGCCCCGAUCGUGACCCUGGGCAGGAAAACAGCCACGGUGACGAUCGUAUAUCGCUGCUCAAUCAGAUGCUUGCCAGGCACUAUUACCUAUGUACCGCGCCACCGGAGCAGUAG